AUGAGAAGAGAUGUGUUCCUUCGGAUAGUAGACGCUCUCUCAAACGUCUAUCCGUAUUUCCAACAGAGGGUUGAUGCGAUUGGAAGAAGAGGCUUGUCGCCACUCCAGAAAUGUACCGCUGCAAUACGGAUGUUAGCAUAUGGCGUAGCAGCUGAUGCUAUUGAUGAUUAUGUGCGCAUAGGCGAGAGUACUACAAUUGAAUGCUUGGAAAAAUUUGUUGAAGGUGUCAUUUCCGCGUUCCAGGAUGAAUACUUGCGAAAACCCAAUCCAAAUGACGUACAACGCCUGCUACAAAUGGCGAAGGGUCGUGGCUUCCCUGGCAUGUUGGGUAGCAUUGACUGA